AUUGUAGAGAGUACAAUUUUAGGAUCAUUCUCAAUUUUGUAUUUCUUCCACGUGUCAUUGACUUUUUAACAUUUAUCACUCGUGGCCCACUGAUUUACACGCGCGGGGGGAGUGUGAAAUUCAGUUUUUACCGCUCGUAGGUGUUUUAAAGCCCCUCCUAUAAAUACCGAGUUUUCAAACACCGAAAAUCAGAAGUGAGAAAGAAAAUAAAAAAAAACUAUGGAGACAGUGGCGGUGAUGAAGAAGACGAGGGGGAGGCAGAAGAUCCCGAUGCGGAAAAUCGAGAACGAAGGCGACCGGUUCGCCACGUUCUCGAAGCGCCGCAAAGGGUUCUACAAGAAGGCCAGCGAGCUCUCCUGGAUCUCCGGCGCCGACAUCGGGAUCGUCCUCACCUCCCCCACCGGCAAGAUCUUCUCCUUCUUCAACCCCUCGCCGGACUCCAUCACCUGCCGCCUCUUCAGCCGGGGCCAGUGGCUGGGCGAGAGGGCUCUGGCGAUCGACGCGCGCUCACGCGCCGCCGUGGACGAGCUCUACGGGGCGAUCGACGAUCUGGAGUCUCACAUGGAGGCGGUGAAUCAGAGAUCGAAGAUUCUGGAUCUGAGCCUCCGGCGGCCUCCGCCGCCGCAGGGGAGGAGGACGUGGUGGGAGGAGGAUGUGGCGGAAUUCACGGCGGAGGAGGUGGAGCGCUAUCAGGCUUUCCUGGAAGGGCUGCAGAAUGGGGUGAGUAGCUGCUUGGGUGCGGCCAUUCUCGGAGCUCCUCCGGUCUCCUCCGCCGCUGCCGCCGCCCCUCAUGAGGCUGCUGCCGCCGCCUUGUAUUCUGCUUUGCCUUCAAAUGUAGGCAAUAAUAUAUAGGGUCUAGAGAUUUGUUCUGCCAUGCAAGUAAGCAUGGAUUUUAAUUUGGAUGAAUUCAUGAUCUUUUUUUUUUAAAAAAACAAAUGAAUAGAAAUAGUAUAA